CCCCGUGUAAGAUGUAAUCCACAGUAUUUUGUUUUUCCUUUUCAUCUUCUUUAUAAAAUUCAAGGCUUCGUUUUUCUCUCCUCUCUGUUUUCUUUCGUUUUACGUGGUUUUGUGCUUCUUCUUAAAAUUAAACUAAUGGCUGCAAUUCAUAAACUUGAGGUUGAAGAGGAUGCGGAUCCCAGAGCAGUUGUUCUCAGCAUCAACGGCGGUGGAGACGCCGCACCGUCGAAGAACCCCAAAGAAGAGCCUGACAUAGACACAACUUUAGGCGCGAUGCCCACGGCGGUGCACGUGCCGUCAGGUGUACCCGUACCGCCAGUCACGGCAGCACCCGCCGCGCCGAAACGAGCGUCCACGAAGGACCGUCACACGAAAGUCGAGGGACGUGGUCGGAGGAUCCGAAUUCCUGCUACUUGUGCGGCUCGGAUCUUUCAGCUGACCCGAGAAUUAGGUCACAAGUCGGAUGGGGAAACUAUUCGCUGGCUAUUGGAGCACGCUGAACCAGCGAUAAUAGCGGCCACCGGAACCGGUACCGUCCCCGCCAUCGCUAUGUCGGUUAAUGGGACCCUUAAAAUCCCAACAACCUCGAACGCUAACCCUGAACCCGGCGACCCUAGUAAAAAGAAGCACAAACGACCCGCGAAUAGCGAGUACGUUGACAUAAACGACGCCGUCUCAGUUUCAUCUGGUUUGGCUCCUGUUGUUACUCCUCAACAGCAGCAGCAGCAACAAGCAGCUGUUUUGCCGCAGGGGUUGGUUCCAAUUUGGGCCAUACCGUCAAACACCGUCGUUCCAGGAGCUUUCUUCAUGGUACCACCUAUGGCAUCCAUGGCCGGGCCAUCCACUCAGCCUCAUAUAUUCACAUUCCCAGCCACAGCUACACCAGUAAUUAACAUUUCAGCUCGGCCCAUAUCGUCGUUCGUGUCCGCCAUGCAAGCAGCAACGCCAAGUCAACUUCAAAGUAAUGUAGCAGUUACGAGUUGUACGGUUCCUGUUUCCAAGGCGGCUAAGACGACGUCGGUUAUGGCACCGAGUUCGAGUUCUGCUGCCAGUGCAACUACUACGACAACGACUCAGAUGCUCAGAGACUUUUCUUUGGAGAUUUAUGAUAAACAAGAACUUCAGUUCAUGACUCGAUCUUCAAAGCAUUGAUUAGCAACCAUGACAAGGGAAGGAACAAAAAAAAAAAAAGUGUUUCUUUUUCCUUGCUAUGUUUGGGUUUCAAUUUCAUACACUUCUGAUUGGUGGCUUCGUAAUUGGUGCAUCCGCCAUGAACGAACGAGGGAAGCCUAAAGGUUAGGAGGCGUAAAAGGGCUAAUGGGGUGCAAGGAGUCGGAAGCACGUGUGCACGUGACGGGUGUUGUAAAAGGUGUGCACGUGUAAUGUGGGGUCAGAGAUUAGGCGGAGGUGGGGUCCACGUAAGUUGUGGGUCAACACUGGAACCAAAAAAGCAGGGGAAGAGGGCAUUCCGUGGACCGUGCAUUGUGAUGGGCCAAACGGGCCACUGUCAUGUCAUGUGAUGUGGGGCACGGGACCCAAUAGGGAAGAAAUGGGUGGACCCAACGGGACCAUUUUUGCAUUUUUCCCAAGGUGGUGGUCCCUAUGGUUAGUUCGGUGGUCAGAUCCAGCGUGUGGGCCUAAACCUUACUCACUCUCUAGUUCUGACACGUGUCCGAAACUUAGCUGUUGAUGGUAGGAGCUCUUUCUUUUUUUUUAAAAAUAUUUGACACGUGGGGCUAUUUGUUGGUAGGGUCUAGGAGAGAACGUGAUCAUGAUAAAAAAUGGAAGAAGAAGAAGAAGAAGAUGAUGAUGGUUCUGGCUGCGGCAUCAGAUGCUCUUCCUCCAUGUUUAUCUUUUGCUAGAUUUUUAUUUCUGUCUGUGAAAUUAACUUGUAAAAUGUAAAUAAUUGUUUUAGUUUAACUCAUAUAAAAGUUUAGUUCCGAUUUUGACUUUAGAAA